AUGAACCGACAGAACCCGGGACAGGGCCCGCUGAGCAUGGCUUCUCACUCUCGGAAGCGACCUGCUGCCGUCCUCUCCGAGAGUGAGGACGAUGAAGCGGGCCAGCGGACCACCAGCGCCUUCAAAAAGCGGGGGCAAGCCCCAGCAAAGGCGCCCACCAAACACAUGGUGACUACCAUCAGAUACUCUGAAGAGGCGGCCCACCAAGCCAUGAGAAAGGAGAUCAUCCACACCCCUGACCUCAGGGACACAUACAACAACAUCAUGCACACCGUCACGACUACUCGGCAGACAGAAGGCCUUCUGUUGGGUGCAAACACAUACCAUUCAACCACCAAGUCGGUCUUGAAGAACAAGGGCCAAGCAGAGAUUGUUGACCUCAUGCGCUACCUCAAAGCCGAGAUCUUCAUUCGCCUUGAUAACUGGCGUGCAAAGCCCCUGGCGGAUUGGUUCAACAUGGUUCACGACGCUCGUCUGGAAAGAAAGUUCAGAAACAAAUACUGGGCUGCCAAUCAGAAGGCCAAUAUGACCAGCAUUCCUUUCUUAUUCAGAAAGAUCAGGAAGCCCCUCAUCAACUCCAACCCCCAGCUUGCCGACGUGUAUUUUUUGGAAGCCAGAAAAAUCAUGCGCCGCUCUGUCUGGGUUCCUGGACCUCAACAUCCCAUCAUCCAGAGUGCCGUUGCCAUCAUGGUGCGAGCCGAUGAGGAUCCUAGCUUCAAGGAGACUCAACCGCUCAUUGUCCACGUCUGGAUCGCUUGGUGUCUUCUUCAAGACGACCCUUGCAUUGAGACGAGCUACCUCGCCACGAUGAUCCACGAUCGUGCCAACAAGAACUCUGAAAUUAGCACAUGCUUUGCUCACGAGUUUGCCGCCUUGCGCAGGGCCAAGACUGCACACUCCGACUACAGUGGGUACAGCAAAUGGCUGCAUAUGCAUGGAAGAUGCCACAUCAUUCCCUUUGAGGAGUUGAUCGCGAGAGAGAUCGUUGUGACAAUGGCUGGCGGAGUUCAGUAUCCUGCCACCAAUACCAGGCAGAGCGGAAAAGGCAACAACAAUCAAGGACAGGCAGGUGCGAGAACGUCACUCACUAAUCGGGAUCGGAGCCCGGAGGAGCUCUUUGAGUCUCGGGCUGUCUCUCGUCCCCAGCAGCAGGGCCGCGCCCAUGAAGAGACUCAAUCUACCACGAACAAUCAACAGUCGAGCCAGCAAAAGAGGAAGGCAGCUCAUGGAACUGAGGCAGCAAGUUCCGGCAGCCUCCAUGGAUCCACCUCUCGAGCUCAGCCCGGUGGUUUAAAAUCUUCUCUGCAAACCUCUUCAUCGUCAACCUCUUCUACUCCGACCUCCGCUAGAAUUCCUUCAUCUAGAAUCCCUUCCGCUCGAGUCUCUGCAGCCCAAAUUUCCCCAGCUCGAAACACUUCGGCUUCCGCUUCCACCGGUGCCGUAGCUCACAUCACCGCGACUCCCACUACGACUGCUCCAAUUCCGGCAACUCCCACCAAAGCAGCUCCUUCAACCGCGGACGCAGCUACCAUGACCAUGGCGGAUUCGAAUGCGGCUAAGCCAAUGACCGAGGCUGAUGUUGAGCGAAUCGUCCACGCGAUGCUGGAGUCUACCAAAUUGCUGAGAGCAGCGAGCCAGCCUAGCAACUCGCAGGCUGUCACCGCCGCAGACCUGAAGGACUCCGAGAGGAAGAUGUUUGCCGAUGUCAGCAAUUUGAUUCACGCCAAACGCGACGAGAGACUUGACGAGAUGCUGCCGCCUAUCAAGAGCGCCGUUGCGAAGAUGCAGAGCCACUUGGAGGCAAUAGAUGACGCCAUCCGCGAGAUUCAGAAGAAAAGUCUUGAAGAUGAGAAAAAGAGUCUUGGAGAUGAUGUCCGUGUUGAAGCCGUGGAGUUCCGAUUGGUGCGAGCCAAGAUGGACAUGGAGGUUACCAAGCAUCAGGUAUCCUCCCUCGAGAAGGCUGUGGCAGCUAAAAGAGCCGACAACAAGCAAGCCAUCAAGGAUCUCAAAGGCGACAUUCGCGUCGGUCGGUUCAAGCAGGAGGCCUUGGAAGAGGACCAGCAGAACAUUCGAGACGACAUGAAGACAAUUAUGGACGAUAUCCGAAGCAUCAAGGAGAAGCAGGAUGCUCACGAAAAGUCCCUGGCGGCUGCCAUGAACGAGCUGCGCGAGAAGACCGUCUCCACAUCCUAG